GCGGGCACUUCCGGUGUCAUGGCUCCCCGCCCUGAGUUCUUUGGGGAGAGACUCUCGGCUCCCUAGUCCUCCUUGCGGGACCUGUGCCGGCCGCGGGCUGCGUGGGAAGGACCCCGGGACCCCGGGACGCCGCGCGAUGGAGGCCGUGACCUUCGAGGAUGUGGCUGUGAACUUCACCAGGGAGGAGUGGGCUUUGCUGGAUCCAUCCCAGAAGAAGCUCUACAGAGAUGUGAUGUGGGAAACCUUUAGGAACCUGGCUGCCGUAGGAAGAAUCUCAGAUGACCAGCAAAUUGAAGAUGAGUACAGAAAUUGCAAGAAAGGUCUAAGAAGUGAAGAGAUAGAGCAAUUCUGUCAAUAUAAAUUAUGGUACCAACAUGGAGAAAUGAUUGCUUGGAUGCCAGAUAAGAACAUGCACAUGAAAGUUGUUGGUAUAAAACCAGGUGAAAGCCUUUCCUCUAGAAGGCUCCUGGUUGGUCAUUCAUCAGCAGAUCAGCUCAUCAAACCAUAUGAGCAGCAAGGAUUUCAGGAAAAGCUGUCUGCCUGUAAGAAACGUGGGAAAGCCUGCAUAAAACUCCAUUUCUUUCCAAAACAUGCACAGACAAGUCCUGGGGGAAAACCCCAUGAACAUAUGCCGUUUGCCAAAUCCUACUGUGAUUGCACUGAUGAAUGGACCAUUGCAGAGAAGCCAGAUGUAUACAAGGAAGAUGUGAAAUUAUUCAUUACACCCAGUGAUAUUCAAAUCAGUGAAAGAAGUCACAGUGAACUGAAUAUGUAUGUAUGUAUACCUUUGUUAGAAGGUUUUUAUUCUCACCAUGAUAUUCAGACACAUGAAGAAUCUCACUCUAGAGAAAAAGCCCAUGUUGCUAAACACUAUGCAAAGUCCUCCACUAACAAUUCGUUAGGUAAUCAUAAAAGAACUCACAUUGGGGAUAAACCCUAUGCAUGUAGACACUGUGGAAAAGCUUUCAGCACACACAGUGUUUGUCAAAGACAUGAAAGGAGUCACACUAAGGAGAAACCAUAUGUAUGUAAGCAAUGUGGAAAAGCUUUCAGCAGACAAGACAGUUGGCGAGUACAUGAAAAGACUCACAGUGGUGAGACACCUUAUGUAUGUAAACAUUGUGGAAAAGGUUUCAGCACACGUGGUAUUUGUCAAACACAUGAAUGGACUCACACUGUGGAGAAACCCUAUGUGUGUAAACAAUGUGGAAAAACUUUCAGCACAUACAGUAGAUGUCAAGUUCAUGAAAGGACUCACACUGGAGAGAAGCCCUAUGUAUGUAAGCAGUGUGGGAAAGCCUUCAGGACAAAAAGUUCUUGUCAAGAACAUGAAAGGACUCACACUGGAGAGAAACCAUAUGCAUGCAAGCAAUGUGGGAAAGCUUUCACCCAACACAGUCAUUGUCAAGUACAUGAAAGGACUCACACUGGAGAGAAACCCUAUGUAUGCAAGCAGUGCGGGAAGGCUUUCACUAGGAAAGCAAGUUGGCGAAUACAUGAACGGACUCACACUGGGGAAAAACCCUAUGUGUGUAAGCAAUGUGGGAAAGGUUUUACUAGAAAAGAAAACUGGCAAAUGCAUGUACGGAUUCAUACUGGGGAGAAGCCCUAUGCAUGUAAGCAAUGUGGGAAAGCUUUUAACAGGCAAACAGAUUGUCAAACACACGUACGGAUUCACACUGGGGAGAAACCCUAUGUGUGUAAGCACUGUGGGAAAGCUUUUAGCAGACACAGAGAUUGUCAGUCACAUGAACGGACUCACACUGGGGAGAAACCCUAUGUAUGUAAGCAAUGUGGGAAAGCUUUCAACACCCAUGAUAGUUGUCGAAUACAUGAAAGAAGUCACACUGGGGAAAAACCCUAUGCAUGCAAGCAAUGUGGGAAAGCUUUCAGCAUAUACAAGACGUGGCGAAGACAUGAAAGUACUCACACUGGGGAGAAACCCUAUAUUUGUAAGCAAUGUGGAAAAGCUUUCAGUACCCACGAUAACUGUCGAAUACAUGAAAAAAUUCACACUGGGGAGAAACCCUAUGUAUGUAAGCAAUGUGGGAAAGCUUUUGUCAGACACAGAGAUUGUGAAGCACAUGUACGGACUCACACUGGUGAGAAACCUUAUGUAUGCAAGCAGUGCGGAAAAGCUUUCAGCACACAUCGUAACUGUCAAAUUCAUGAAAGAAUUCACACUGGGGAGAAACCUUAUGCAUGUAAGCAAUGUGGCAAAGCUUUCACCACAAGUGGUGUUUGUCAUAAUCAUGAACGGACUCACACUGGGGAGAAACCGUAUGUAUGUACACAGUGUGGAAAAGCCUUUAGUAGAUAUGGUAGUUGUCGGAUACAUGAAAAAAAUCACACUGUGGAGAAACCUUGUGUAUGUAAGAAAUGUGGGAAAGCUUUUAGCAACCCUGAUAGUUGUCAAAUACAUGAAAGCACUCACACUGGGGAGAAACCUUAUGUAUGUAACAAAUGUGGGAAAGCUUUUUGCAGAAAAGAUAGGUGGCGAAUGCAUGAAAGGGCUCACAGUGGUGAGAAACCCCACGUAUGUAAACAGUGUGGGAAAGCUUUCAGCACCCCUGAUAGUUGUCGAAUACAUGAAAGAGUUCAUACUGGGGAGAAACCCUAUGUAUGUAACCAGUGCGGGAAAGCUUUUAGCAGACAAGAUAGUUGGCGAAAACACGAGCGGACUCACACUGGGGAGAAACCCUAUGUGUGUGGGCAUUGUGGGAAAGCUUUCAUCACAAAAAGUUGUUGUCAAGAACAUGAGCGGACUCACACUGGGGAGAAACCCUACAUAUGUAAGCAAUGUGGGAAAGCUUUCAGAUCACGCAGAAAUUGUCAGCGGCAUGUACAGACUCACAAUGGAGAGAAACAACGUGUGUAAGCAAUGUGGGAAAGUCUUUAGCACACAGCUGGAUUGUCAAGAACAUGAAAGGACUCACAUGCUGGAAUAAAUCCUAUUUAUGUAAACAGUGUGGGAAAACUCAGAGCACAUUUUGUUUGUCUAAAACAUGAAAGCACACUGGGAAAUAAACUUUUAUAUAUAAAAGCAAUGUGGGAGGCUUUCAGCUCACAUGGGCAUUGCCGAAGAUGUGAAAGAACACACACUUUUGAAAUGUUACGUGUGUAAGCAAUGUGUGAAUACAUUUAGUACAGAUGGAUAUUAUCAAGUACAUGAAAUAAAUUAUACUUGGGUGAAAGUCUAUAUAAACAGUAAAGAAAAACCCAUUUCAGUAAGCAUCAUGCACAGUAACAAGGGAGAGUACAAUAACGGAAUGUGUGAAGUGACUUAGACAUGAACCAGACUGAGGAGAACCUUUUCUUACGAACAGCAUAAAACCUCUUUCAGUCCACACAGGUAUCAUUACAUACACGAAAGAAUUCAUAGUGAAGAGACUCAGGACAUACGUGAGCAGUGUGGGUGUUUUUCUGCAAUUAACAAGUACAUGAAAACUCACAAGAUAGGAAACAGUAGAUGUAUGUGGAAACCCUUCAGUUCUUCCACUGAUUUUGAAAUACAUGAACUCUCAUUAAAGAGAAACCCUGCAUAAAUAAUGGGAGAUAGCAUUGUGUGAUGCCCAUAACAUCAGAAAAUGUACAAACUCAUGAGCAUUAGUACAAGUAUAGAACAUGAGAAAUCUUCAUUUUCACAUUACUUUUCAUGAAACAUGGCAUUGGAUAGUGGAGAAGUUCAUAUCAAUAUAAGGUUGCAACACCUGUAGUCAUUUCGGUUUAAUUCAUGUUGCAAAUAGUGUCAUGAAAAACUAUUAAUAAGGGGUGUAUACAAGUUAUUAGUUGCCCUGCACGUAAGAAGGUAUAUUGUAGCAAAUGUGUAUGGGCAUACAGAGGUCUCAGUUAUAAGUCAUAUUCCCAGAUCCUUUGAUCACUUCACAUAUAGUUUAAUUCUAAAAAAUAAGUUGUAAAAAUGGGAUGCCAAUUAUUCCUCCAGAAAAUACAUAACCACAGAAGAUAUCCUAAAGUGUAAAUACUGUAAACUCAGUCUUAGAGUAGAUCUCUGGAUUAAAUAAUUUUAAGUUCACUUUUAAGAAUAAAUGUUGUAGCCAGGCAUUGUGGUGCAUGCCUGUAGUCCCAGCACUUGGGAGGCUGAGGCAGGAAAAUCGUAUGUGGCCAACUUGUGCUGCAUAGUUUAAGGCCAGCCUGGUCUACAUAGUGAAAAUCUGUCUUAAAAAAAACGCAAAUAAAUACUGUGCUUGUGUAAUUCUCUACCUCUUUGUAAGCAACAGCACAGGAGUUUAAUAUUUUCUCUUAGGUUACAUUGUAAUUUUCUUUGUUUUGCACUAUGUAAGGCCCACAGGUGAAGUGACUUGUAUUUCUCACAUUCCAGUGGGUUCAUUAUUUUGUAGGUUAUUUUUAUUAGUUUUCUUUUGCUUUUAGUAAUUGUACUGUAACAUGACUCCAAAAUUAAAUUUUCCUUAACUGUUGUCAUUUUCCACUAGCUUCUGUUUAAACUCUUACUGCACUGAAUCCAUUCUAGCAACCAAAAUUUUUUAAUUUAAUGUCAUAUUUUAUAGUUUUAAUACUAGUUACUUCUGUACCUGUGCUUAAGUUUUCAUCUGUUUUCAAACAAGUAAAAUAGCAAAAAUGUUUUUAAUAUUCUAAGAAGAUAUCUAUACAUGUCCCAACAUAAUUACAGAUUAUAUGGUGGGCAUAAUUUUGCCUAUCUUUUCUCUGCGUCAGAGGUAUAAAUAUCACGUGUACAAUAUUAGGUGUUUUUUGUCAUUAAAUUGUACUUUUCAUGCUCA